GAAAGUGCGGGGUCUACUGAGGUCGCAUAUGUUGCAUUGGCCUAAGGCCGGCCCUGCAAAAUAUCGGUGUAUGCUACGCCAUGGGUCGACUAGUAUUAUAUGCCAGCUAAAAUAGCCUAGGCAAACCUGUCACUAAAUAACGCCGUUAACAGUGGCUGGCUACUUAGUGCUCUAGAUCUAGAUCUAGUUAUUUAGGCGAAUAAAAUAUUUAAAGAGGGUUAAAAAAUUAUGCGCAUGCGCAAUGAGUAACUUUGAGAAUGUAAUGUCAGCCAUAAUUGUUAGUAAGGUACUAUUGUUUCUAAUUUGUGGAAUUAAUAAUAAAUUCCCUCAACACAUCGACAUGUCCUUGUAAUUGAUACAGAAGAAACAAGAGUGAUCAAGAGCAAUGAACGGAGACUCAGCAAAUAAAUUUAUAUCCGCUCUUGUAAAGUCACUACAAACACUUUGUCAUGGCUAUGUUGAGUUUAAUGAUGGCAUAGAAAUUAUUGGCCAUUUAUAUUUAAACAUAGACAGUGGAGCAAGUUUUGAUUAUGUAGUAAAAGAGAAGGUUUGUAAAAAUGCUGAAAACUCAACUGUGUUUGUGAGCAAAAGCUUCCAGGCUCAAGCCCCAGCUGAGGAGUGUAUAACAAGAAAAGAUAAAGAUGACGAAGCUGUACCAGUCUUUGAAGAGUCUUCUGAAAUGUCACCAACCACAGGCACUUCCAGGCUGCAGUCUGCCAUCACCAGCAUUAGUAAUGUUUUAUCUGGAAGUCAGCAUGAUGUUCAUAAAUCUCGAAUGCUUGAUCAUUCAUCACAUCAUUCACCUGUACAGAAUAAUGGCAAACGGAAAAGAGAGCACAAUGGCAGCUAUAGCGGCUUGCAACCUCCUUACAAGUAUACCACUUUACAAGCAACUCCCUCCACUUAUUUCAACACCCCUUCAUCAUCUACAAAACAAGUAGUGGACCGUAAUCAUUCUUCUGAACAUUUCAACAAUUCUUCCCAUGCUGAGUUUUUUGGCGGUGACAGCAAUCAAAGCUCAGGUAUGGGCAGAGAAGAUGAAGAUGAUCUAGACUUAGAUGUGACAUUUGUGAAAGAAGAAUAUGAGAGUCAGAGAAAUUCUGGCCAAAGGGGAGUUUCAGCAGGUGGAGCAUCCAGGCUUAGUCAAGAUCCGUCCUCUAAUCAAUCCAACAUUCUUCAUGAUGGUGGUACAUUAGGCUAUCAGUCUACCAAUCACCACCAGGCUCCCCAGCAGUUUGCCAGUGGGACUGCUGUUGAAUUAGGUACAUCAAGUCAAAACUUUACAGACCCGUCUCAAGUUGAUUUAUCGCAGCAUUCAUCACAAAGCUCACAGAAUCCAAGAAGUGAUGUUGACCUUUCAAGACACAUGGACUGCACCUUGUCUGGGAUGGCUUUGGAUUUCACCAGUUCUCCUUUUAAUUCAUCAAACAUGUCUGGCAUAUCUGACACACUGCAGCUAGGGAUCAAGCUAUUUGGACCUACAUUUGUUGCUGACGUUGCUGCAGGGGAUUUAAGUCUUCCAUUAACAACUUUGACAGAUGAAAACCGAGCACUUCCGGAACCUGUCAACGCUAGUGUAUUUCCUGAAAUGUUUGAUGUUACAACUGUUAGUAGCUCAUCUUUAAAACCUAAUCAAAAAGUUUUAUGGCAUGAUCGUAAAGACAAACUGAGACGAAGUAUUUUAAUGAGAAAAGCCAAUUCUACUAAAAUAAGAAAUAGAUCCAGCUCCAAGAAAGUUGCCUGUAAUGAAAAUGAAACGACUAGGUCCCCAGUCAAAACAAUAAAUACUUUCAGUGAGGGUUGUAGUAUUUUAGAUCCUCUUGGGUUACCUUUUAAAAGAAAACGAGGUAGGCCGCCCAAAAUACUUAAAAUGAUUUGCCGAAGUGAAUUUCUUUUAGAUGGUACUUCCAGAGAUCCUGUGCUUGGUCAUUCUAUAUCUUCAGAAAACAGUGAGACUGAUGCUAAUUCUAUAGUACAAGAUCUUGCAUUGUCUGAUAGAAUAACACCAUCUAGAUCUAUAUUUCUGUCAGAAGGUUCAUCCAAGAGAAUAAGAGGCUCUUAUAGACAAUAUACACCUGCUGAUAAGCUGAAAAUAGUGGAAUUUGGUAUCAAAUAUGGAUCAACAGCAGCGUCUCGGAAAUAUAAUAUUCCUGAGUCAACUGUUCGUUCGUGGACCAAAAAAAUGGAUAUUUUUUUAAUGCAAAUGAAAAAUGAACAAAAAUCUCAAGAAAGUAGUCAUUCAAUUGAUGUAUUAGAAACUAAACACAAAAGUUUAUCAAAAAAUAAUGAAGAGGCAAAAACAUCUGUCACAGAAAUACAGCAAACCAGUCAAGCAGACACAGAAGAUGGAUCUGAUUUGGAAAAAGAGAAAGAUAUUUUCUCUUCUAAACCAUUAGUCAAACAAUCACCAGCAAAUGAUGAACAAGUGAAGGAGAAAUAAGAACAAAUAAAACUGUCACCAAAAUGUUGAGUGCAUUUUAUAUCUUGACUUGUGGUUAUCUGGUUUGUGUUUGAAAUGACUGACAUCUUAAGGCUAAUUUAUUUAUGUAGGUUCAUAUUUAUACAAUGUAAUCAAAGACAUUUCACUUUGAAUGCCAAGUCAGAUCUGAGUUGAUAAUUAUUUUAAGGAAAUGUUGCAUUCCAAACUAAUGUAAAUAAACUAUUAAAAAAACUGCCACCUUGGAGGACUCAGUUUUGAAACAUUCUGGUUCAUAAUUUUAAAAUAUAUUCAAGAACAAGAAUCUUUUUUUUUUUCAAUGUUUUUUGUCUUUGAAUGUAUACACUUUGGUGGUGAUAUUUGCGAACAUUGUUUAGUCAUUUGUUAUAGAUUUGUCUUCCAAGACAUAUUGACUGUUAAACGCAUAUCAAUAGUAUUUGUAUAUUUUUAACGUAACAGUAAAGUUGCUAUUUAAUUCUUUUGUUUAAUACCAACAAUUUUUGGAUAUUCUGUGAUAAAACGAGGCACAAUAACUCUUGAUUAGAAUUUAUUUUUAAACUGCUGCAUUUUUUUCUUAUGAUUCCAAAAGAAAUACUUUCUGCAAUAACAAGCCUCAGAUCAGAUUUGAAUAUUUUAUUGUUUAUAUCAGAAAGACAAGAUUGAAUUGUGUACAGUUUAUAGAAUUUUGAUGGGUUUGAAGUAAGAAUGACAAAUUAUGGUCACAAAGCAUGUUCACAUGGGAAAUGUCUAAGCCUAGCAGCAUGUAUCAAAAUAAAAUAUAUCUUGUUGAGAAAUAAAAAAAAACAUUUUAAGUUUUGUUGUUAGAGCAAACAAUUUUUUUUUUAAACAAUGUUAGUCUUUUUUUUUUUAAUUGAAAUUUGAACUCUUCAUAAUGUAAAUUUCAUUUUAGCAUCUUAUUAUGUCAGAUUUUUUUUCUGAAAUAAACUAAUUUUAUUUUUGUUAUAUGAUUGUUAUAUUGCACAUUAAUAGUUUCCUGUGUUAAUAGAGGACUCUGGAAGUAGUUCUCAAAAGUAUACGUAGUCUAUUAUAUAAAAAAAAGUGACAUAUCAUUGACUUACAGUAUUGAUGAAUGAACAUACAACUUUAUGAGAAGUCAUGCCCAACUAUCUAGUAAUUGUGAUAUAUAUUUUAAAAUAAGAAAAGGUUGUGUUUUAUUGUUUACAAAGAAAAGUGUUCACAAUUAUUGAAGAAUUCAUUUGGAUAGAAGUUUUAUGGACUAAAUUUGUACUAAUUGAACAGAAUAAAAAAAAAGUUCCUGAAAUAUAUGAGGACUUUUUCCCUAUUUAGUCCAUUCAAAUUAAACAAUAGAGUUGAACUCAAAUUUACAGGAGUGCCAAUCAGAUGCUAGUAUUUAUUUUUCACUUCCAAGUAUAAACUUUUAUAAAGUUAUUUAUAGAGCAUGUAUUUUUAAAAAAAAUUAGGAUAAUUCUAAAUAUAAAAAUAGUCAGUGGAUUUUAAUUUAAUGUAUUUUUUUUAUCCAAAUGGAUUCCUCCACAAAUGGUAUUCCUCCUUUAUACCCACUCAUUUGGUGUAUUUGAUACAAACAUGAAAUCAUAAUGGGUAGACUACAGCUGGGGAAGUCCUUUUUUUUUUUUUUUUUUUUAUGAAAUGUAUGGAGCUGAAAACUAACUUGGUAAUGUUUUUUGUUUCAACUAUUUAUCUGAUGAUCUAGAACAUAACACACUAUUUGACUCUAAGUGUUUACAAUCUUGUUGUUUAAUUUGCAUUUUGAAUAGAGUAAUUUUUUUUUACUACCACCUUGUGAUACCAUUGUUGAAUUUAUCAUUAUAAAUUUAUAAUAUAUAUAUAUAUAUAUGUUUUGCCAUUUACACUUUAGAAUUUUAUCUCUCAUUUAUUUUAAGACUAUUGUAUGCACAGUCUUCAUAUUUUUUUUAUCCCGAGUAAGAAAUCCCCUCUAUGUAAAUAGAGCAGUGUUGGAGACAGGGACAUUGAAUAAGUUUUUUGUUUUUAUUGCUAGUUAAGACUGAUGACUUGUGUAUAUAUGUGAUUGAAUUCCAAUUAUUGUCUUGAAAUGCAAAGUUUAUUUAUUGUUUUAUUUUCUUGUAAUAUUGAAAAAGAAAAAAAAUAAUGGUCUAAUGUAUAAUUUGUUAGACUGAAAAUGGUAUUGUAAUUGUUGAGUUUAGCAUAGGUAGACAACAUAUCUUUGUCCAUUUCUUUUUUGUGUUCAUUAUGUUGUUGUUUCUUAACCUGUUGAUAGAAAUUGUUUUGAUAUUAUGUCAAAGUCUUUUCUCCAACACAAUCCAGACCCAGAUGGUUGAGCAGAAAACUUUUAGUAGUGACAGUUGACCAAUUCUUUGAUUGCAGGUAAAUUGGAGGUAGUGGAAAGUGGCAAGGAGCAUCACAAUUUUCAAGUUCCAGGUGUACCUAUCAAAUAUUUCAGAUGCCCAGUAUGCGGCAUUGUCAUUCGACACAAGAACAACAUAAAAAGACACAUGCGCCGG